CGAGCUGAAAUUACGUCUAAUGGACAAGUCACAAGUUAGAUAACACCGAGUUUGAGAUAGAAAAGCAAUGCCAUUGCCAGUGCCUCCAGUUCUUCGAUUCCUCUCCCUCUUCCAAAACUCCCUCUCCCACACUCCCACUCUCUCCUUUCCCUAUCUCACUUUACUCCGCCGCUCCAUGGCUACCGACUCCAUUAGCCCAUCCAACACCCGCGUCGGCUGGAUCGGCACUGGCGUCAUGGGUCGCUCCAUGUGCUCCCACCUCAUCCAAGCCGGCUAUUCCCUCACCAUCUUCAACCGCACCCUCUCCAAAGCCCAACCGCUCCUCGAAAUGGGUGCCCGUUUGGCUCAGUCUCCCCUCGCCGUCGCCUCCCAAUCCGACGUCGUUUUCUCCAUCGUCGGCUACCCCUCCGACGUCCGCUCCGUCUUAUUAGACCCCACCUCCGGCGCCCUUGCCGGCCUGCGCCACGGCGGUGUCCUCGUCGACAUGACCACCUCCGAGCCCUCCCUCGCCGCCGAGAUCUCCGCCGCAGCAUCCGCCAAGAACUGCGCCGCGAUAGACGCCCCGGUAUCCGGCGGCGACCGCGGCGCCAAGAACGGAACCCUUGCGAUCUUCGCCGGUGGGGACGAGUCGGUGGUCAACCGUCUGAACCCACUGUUUUCCCUUCUAGGAAAAAUUAAUUACAUGGGUGCCCCCGGAAAAGGGCAAUUCGCGAAGCUAGCGAACCAAAUCACAAUCGCUUCGACCAUGGUGGGGUUGGUGGAGGGGAUGGUGUACGCUCACAAGGCCGGGCUUGACGUGGGUCUGUUCCUGGACGCGAUAUCGACCGGUGCGGCAGGGUCCAAGUCCCUGGAUUUGUACGGGAAUAGGAUUUUGAAGAGGGACUUCGAGCCGGGGUUUUAUGUGAACCACUUCGUGAAGGACUUGGGAAUUUGUUUGAAGGAGUGUCAGAACAUGGGCCUGGCUUUGCCGGGGUUGGCUUUGGCUCAGCAGCUCUAUCUCUCGCUCAAGGCUCAUGGGGAGGGCAACUUGGGAACCCAAGCUCUUAUCUUGGCUCUGGAGCGGCUCAAUAAUGUUUCUCUUCAAUCUGCGGCGGCUUCUCCGUCAUAGACUGGUACUGUUUUCCUUUUUCCCAAUGUUUAUGGGGGCGAUAAAGAUUCUACCCACAUUUUCAAGUGCGUGUGUGACCUGAAUUUUGCAAAUAAUGAAUAUGGUGAUCUACCCACAUUUUCGCAUAUGUCUUGGAGUGAGAUGUGUUUUUGUUAUUUCUGUUUGUUCUUUCUACCCUUGUGUAGGAUAUUGUUGGAUAAGUUGGUGGUGCUUUUUCAUAA